AUGGCUACCCAGUGCCUUUGUCUCCUGCUUUUCACCUGCCUGCUGGCCCUGACAGCAUGUCUUCCUGACAUUGACAUUAGAAACUUGUAUCUCCUCAAUGGCACCAUGGAUGACAUUAUGAAUGCUCCCCCAGAGUCUUCCCAGCCUGAUGAUGGUGAUGGACACGUCCGACAGGCCAGAGACAUCGCCCAUCACCCCCCAGCGAGCCACGGUUGGCCCAAGGACUGCAGCGAGAUUCCCCGAGGCAGCCACAGUGGUGUCUACAUCAUCCAGCCCAAAGGACUCCACCACCUCGUGGUGUACUGUGAGAUGAAUGUGACCAACGGGGGCUGGACCGUGAUCCAGAGAAACCAGAGAGACACACCAGUCACCUGGGCCGAGUCCUGGAGCACCUACAAGUACGGAUUUGGGAAUGUGCGCACUGAGUACUGGCUGGGCACGGAGUACAUCCACCAGAUCGCCAAGCAGAAGGUCUACCAGGUCAGGUUUGUCAUCCAGGACUCUGCAGAUGUCAUCAGCUUUGCAGACUACAACUUGUUCAGCCUGGAUGAUGAAUCCCAGGGCUACAGGCUGAGGCUGGGCUCCUACAAUGGGACAGCAGGGGAUGCCAUGACCUCAGACAAUCCCAACAACAUGCACGACAACAUGAAAUUCUCCACAAAGGAUCGGGACCAGGACACUUACAGUAAGAACUGUGCCUACAGCUAUGAGGGUGGGUGGUGGUUCUCCUCGUGUUACUCCGUGCGGCUGAAUUAUAAGGGCGGCAUGACAUGGGGCAACCUGUGCAAGGGGAACUGCAAAUCCUCCCUUAUCCUCAUCAAACCAGCUUCAUAUUGUUAG